CUCCAAUAUUGAAUAGCAGUUGUUGGUGCUUUCACUUUCUGCACAGUGUGAGCUGGUGGGUCGCAGUGGAGAGUUCAGGGGGAAUUCAGACGUCUGUCUGGGGGAGUUUCCAUUGCAGCAGAGGCGGAGUAAACACUGCACGGUUUGAUUUGCGAGUUAAGGCGUGUGGUCCUGAGCACUACAAGUAGGGUGCUCUGUUUGUACAGCAGUAACCAUCCUAUAGUUCCUGAAGUGUUUUACCUGUACACAGACAUACUGCACAGUUUUGUUCCUGACACCUUUCUGUUUUCUACAGCAACAAAGGGAAAAUAUGAAGUUUCUGGAGCUGGGGGAGUCCACAAGUCGCUUCAGGUUCUCUCAGUCCUGUGUGGGGUUGGCAGGUUGCCUGUGUGUUAGCUACGCAGUCUGGACACCGUUCUGGCUGAAGGAGAGGGGACUCUGGACAGAGUGGAAUAACACUACAAGUGACCAGACAAAUCAUAUCGGUGGCAAUGACUUCAGCGCCCUGGAGGCAGAGAGAGUGUUUGGAGUGCUCUCCUUCCUGAUGGCUGUAAGCACGGGGGCUCUGUGUCUGGUGUUUGCCCUCUGCUGGACAUCUGAGACGGUGCGCUCCUACUCCAACACUCGCUCUCUCCUCAUGGCAGGACAGGCCCUGUACCCCACCACCCUGCUGCUGUUCACCAUGGCCUCUACAGGUUUCUUCUUCCUCCUCAGCUGGUCCUUUUUCACCUAUCAGCACAGGGAAGAAAUCCGUCAGGACUUCUCCAGCCUCGGCUCCUCCUAUUGGCUAGGGGCCUUAGGUUGGGUCCUGCUGUUGGUCGUGGAGAUAAUAGUGUUUAUGGCUGAACAAGCUGUUGUGCCUGACAUCCUGCCAGACUUAGAGAAAUCUGUGGAGUCCUGGCGGAUUUCCUCUCAACUUAAGGCCCCUAAAUGCUCUUUCAGCGACGGUUAUUACCCUGGAAACAGCAUAAGCAACAUGGCUCCUAAUAGCCUUGAGUGGGGUGCAGAAAUUAGGACAUGACAGAGGAAAUGAAUGAUAAUGUGUAUGUUACACAUUACUAACACAGACUCAAUGAGGAACCAGCAAUUCACACUCGUGUCUCACUCGCCUGAUCGAGCCCCGGCAUCAAGCUGAGAGGCCUGUUUGGGAAUCAUUAUUAUUAUUGAUCUAUACAACCAGACUGAAUAUUGAUUAACUGUGUUGGGAGUUAAAGUGUUUGCCAGAGGAAUUAAGUUGGAUUCCUGAAAGUCUUCAGCUUUCUCAAGAGCUGAUCAUAGCACUGAUUCUCCACUUUGUUUCCAGUAUUGACUCAAAAGUAAAACACACUAAGGACCAACAAUACUGGCUGGUUAACUGGGCGGUAAAUGUAAGAUGACAAUUGUUGUCUGACAAAGUGUAUGUGUAAACUGGUGCUUGUUGUCCAGGUGUGCUCCCAGGCCAGAAUCAGAUCCAGCUUUGUUUAGUUUUUUUGUGUCAGAUUUAUGUUAUCAAAACACUCACAAAACAUCCAGCUUGAACCUGGACUAUUGUUUUUUUUAAAGUACUAGUGUUUCAAUGUUUCUGUAUAAGCUGCAAAGUUGUUGAUGUAUGUUAAAUACACAUAUGUUUAACAUUAGAUUUUUUUUUUUUCUUAUAAAAGGUAAAACAAAGGUGUUUGCUAAUACAACAAAUGGAAAUAUCACUUUAAUGAUUCCUUAUUUUAUUAUCUAUUAUCGGUCAUAUGCUGUGUUGUACGUUCAACACGGAUUAGUUUAACUAUGCUGAUCAUGUGCUGUCCUCCACAGCUGAAUAAAAGUUGGAGACGUUUAUUAACGUGUGUCUGUCAUAGAGGGUAUUAUCAGCUCAUAUGGCUGAGCAUGAUGGUUGACAGCUUGGCAGUGUUCCUGCAUCUGUUUAAGGAGUUGCAAGUGUAGUGGAGCAAAGGUUUUUCCAGCCAGUCCUACAUAUAUCAGCUAUUUGAAUCACCUACCCAGCACAUUUUCAACAUAGUUCCAAGCUAUGCAGAGCAUGUGGACCACCCGACAACAGACUGCCUCCAAAGUCGUUAUUUACUUUUCUCUCACACAUUUCCUGGAGGAGAGGAAGCACUCUGACGCUGGACGGCUUAUGUUUAUGUUCUGCACCUGCCAAAGUGGGGGAGAAUUAAGUGGCUCUGGCUCUGUUAAUUGGGCGUUAAUCAGGUGUUGCUCUAAUUAAAAGGCAGUUCCGCCCUGUUGGGCCCUGGUAAUGAGUUUGUUAUUAAAUCCACAGAGGAUUUUUGUCUCUUUUUCAAUUUACCAACAGGGUAGUGCUUAAUUGCUGUGUAAAUGAGGGGAAUGUCCUUGAAGGUCGUCUUGCAUCGGCACUCGAUCCAUGAGCAGAAUGGUUCUAAAGAGCUUCCUCACCCAAACUUCAAACCUAUUCAGUUCAAUAUGUGUUCACCACUUUAGUCCAGCUGUGCCUCUCAGCAGUGACUGUUAUUUUUAAUUCAAUGCUAAAUCCUAAAAGAAUCCUCUUUAAACCUCAUUUGUUAAAUUAAGAGAAUAUGUGUGCCACUUUCUUUCUGAAAUAAAAGUACUUUUGAAAAGUAUUUCCUUUUCAUCUAAAUUAUUUCACCCCCCCCCCCCUCCCCCCCCUUGAGGGUGUUGUCUUGGCCUUUGAAAGCAUGCAGUCUUUUAUGGCUGCCAGUCUGUCAUAAAGAAACUCUCAAUUUUUCCCUUCCACCACCACAAACGCUGCUCUUUCACCUUCCCGAGAAAAACGACCAAAGGUUGAGAAUGCCUUCAGAGAAAGACGGGCGGAAUCAAUGUGGAGAUAGAAA